AUGUUCGCACGGGGCAAGGCCCACCGUACCGCUACCAACUGCCCUCACAUGCAGAGAUUCGAGGCGGUGGUGGAGAGCAUCGCAGACGUAGCCACGUACCACCAGGUGGCCCAGGAGCCCAGCAAGGUCGAGGCUCUUCGCCGAGCCGUCCACCAACUGGCGCAGGGGGAGUUUGAGGCGGCAGGCGUCAAGGCGAAGCUUCGCGAUGUGGCGUACAGGCUGCCAGCCAACCCAGACUUGCUAAAGCACCUGAGCACCGAACUCCAGCCCCCGACCUCGUCUGAGGGGCUGGACGAUGACAUCGAGGUCGAGGAUGGGAAUACCCUGGCUCUGAACAACAUCUGCCCGCUCUCGGGCCGCCAGUUGAUGGACCUGAAGAGGCCAGUCCAGGACCGCAUUGGCGUGGUUUAUGAGGAGGAGGCGGUGCUGCGGUACCUCUACGACCAAGGUGGCUUUGCCAAAGAGGCCCUCUGCCCGCUGGCGGGUGGGCAGAGGGCCGGCUCACGCCUCUGGCAGUUUGUGGGAUUGGUGGCCGCCCUCAUUGCAGCCAGGUUCCUCCUGUACACCUACUUUUUCCAGACACCGUCGACCCUGGUUGUGUAUGUGGCCGGGUAUGAAGACCCAGAAAACUUUGUCAACGUCAACUUCUUCCUGACCCAGGGCAUUCGGGAGGGUGAUGGUGCGCACUAUGUCAUAGCGGUUGAGCCCGACUACUACCUGGAGAUCAUGGAGCUCUUCCCCGCGAAACUGCCCAGCAAUGUGCAGAUCGUGCGGGUGGGGCUGCGCUGCUACAAUUUUGGCACUGUGGGCUGGGUGCUGCAGAACGCCGGCCUGGACCUGACGCGGUUCAAGUACUUUGUCUGGCUGGACAGCAGUGUCCGCGGCCCUUUCCUCCCCGUCUACGCUAGCCAGAAGCCCUGGCACGCGCAGCUGACGGGGCUGAUCACCCAGGAGACCAAGCUGGUGGGGGCCACCAUCUCCUGCGCUGGGAUCAAACUGAACAUCGAGCACCCCACGUUGCACGUGCCCCAUGUUCAGGGCUACCUCCAGGCCACCGACCACGUGGGCCUGAAGAUCCUGCAGGGCACGCCCUUUGCCUCGGGCGUGUUCUCCUGCCACCAGAACUGGCUGGUGGGCGUGCGCUGGUCGGAGGUGGGCGCCAGCGAGGCGGUGUUGCGCGCCGGGUUCAACAUCGGGUCGCUCAUGCUGCGCUACGCUGGCGUGGACUGGCGGGACGAGGGCGUGUGGACCUGCAACCGCGGCAUGAACCCGCUGCUGGACCGCGGGUACGACGGCGCCAAUGCGCACCCGCUGGAGAUCAUGUUUGUCAAGGUGCAGCACCACCAGGUGGUCACCCGCAGCCCCGCGGUGGUCCCCGCCCUGCAGUACCACGUCUGGCGCCUGGAGAACCGGACCGCGGGCGCACGCGACGUGGCACGCAACGCCUUCCACGACAUGGCGGGCGUGCACCUGGCGGGCAUCACCGCCAAGGGGCCCGCCUGCUUCGACGCCGAGAUGUACAUCGCCGCCGCGCCGGCGGAGUACACCCCCUCCCAGGCCUGGGAGCACUUCCUCAUGUUUGGGUAUCGGGAGGGGCGCGCCCACCGCUUCAUCUGCUGA